GCCUCAAAAAGCAAGCCGCCGAAUGUGUAGGGAGACUACAUGACCUGCAAACCGUAACUGGCAGCCUAGCUGGCGCCACACACCUGUCAUCAGCAAUCCGUCGCAGAAUGCGAAUCGCUCUGUCCUUUUUUCGCAAAAACUUGGGUUGCGCAGAGGCUGAGUCGGACGUCUGCGAAAAGCUCCAGGCCGCACGAGAAUCUUGCGCGAGCCUCGUCAGUCACCGACGCAAGAUGGAGGAUUGGUUUGUGCAGCAGCACCACUCGGUCGUUGCAGCUCGACAAGCUGCACAGCAGGUUGCCAGAGCCUGGGCUGUCUACCUCACGCUCAAGCUUUUUCGAAGUGUGGUCGUGUCGUGGCGGAUCAGCACCUUGAAGGCAGCCCUUGAAAGGGAAAGACAGUGGCAGGACAUGCAGCACAAAGCCAAGGAUACCUCGGACUCCGUGGAGAAGCAGCGUGCCGCCCAAAGCAAAGUUGCAGAGGUGAUGGUGAAAUCCUUGGACGAAGGAAGCUUGCGCCUGAUCUUUCUCCGCUGGCACCGCCUGGCCUUCAAGGAGAGGCGCCAGAAACAGAUACUCCUGUUUCGUCAGGAGUCAGAGGCCAGGCUGGAGGUGCGGCGGCGUCAACAGAGCCAGGCUGAGCUGACCACAGCAAGGUACCGUGAGCAUGCUUUUGCCUCGUUCACCGCAGCGGGAUCCGUGGGAUCGCCAAGCUGGCUGCGGCUUUUUCUGUGGGAUUGGAGGCGAGCUGUCACAUCAACCACAUCCAAGCGAAUCCUUCGCUUGUGGCGUAUCAUAGCUUCCAUGGAGAUCUUCAAAUGCAAGCGCUGGCUCUUGGAGUUCUGCGUGCAAGUCUGGGCUGCUCUCACUUGUGGUUCUGCGCUGCAGGCAGCCGCAAGCCCAGUGUGA